UGGCAUGAGGCAGAGGGGGCUUUAAAAAGGCGACUGUGUCUAGGCUGGGGACUGGAGCCUGUGCUACUGGAAGGCUGGGUGCCCUCCUCCAGCUGGCACCAUGCAGCUCUCUCUAGCCCUGUGUCUCGUAUGCCUGCUGGUGCACACAGCCUUCCAUGUGGUGGAGGGUCAGGGAUGGCAGGCCUUCAAGAAUGACGCCACGGAAAUCAUCCCUGAGCUCGGAGAGUACCCUGAGCCCCCGCCAGAACUGGAGAACAAGACCAUGAACCGGGCGGAGAACGGAGGGAGGCCUCCCCACCACCCCUUUGAGGCCAAAGACGUGUCCGAGUACAGCUGCCGGGAGCUGCACUUCACCCGCUACGUGACGGACGGGCCGUGCCGCAGCGCCAAACCGGUCACCGAGCUGGUGUGCUCGGGCCAGUGUGGCCCCGCGCGCCUGCUGCCCAAUGCCAUCGGCCGCGGCAAGUGGUGGCGCCCGAGCGGGCCAGACUUUCGCUGCAUCCCCGACCGCUAUCGCGCCCAGCGGGUGCAGCUGCUGUGUCCCGGCGGCGCGGCACCGCGCUCGCGCAAAGUGCGCCUGGUGGCCUCUUGCAAGUGCAAGCGCCUCACCCGCUUCCACAACCAGUCGGAGCUCAAGGACUUCGGGCCCGAGACCGCGCGGCCGCAGAAGGGUCGGAAGCCCAGGCCCAGCGCCCGGGGCGCCAAAGCCAACCAGGCGGAGCUGGAGAACGCCUACUAGAGCCCGCCCGCCGCCCCUGCCGGCGCCGCGACCAGGCACACCCUGUUCAUGCCCCCCGAGCGUGGUUCGAUUGUUUGUAUUUCAUUUUUAAAUGCCUGUAACUAGGGCAGGGAGCCGAAACCUCCCAGGCAGUGCGGAACCCCGGGUGCCCGCAAAGUCCCCCUCGCCCGCCCCUCCAGCGGGUCCCCCAAGGCAGGGGAGGGAGCCGAGAGUCAGACACUGAGCCACGCAGCCCUGCCCACCGGGGCCGCCUACCUUUGCUGGUCCGAUUCAGAGGAGGCAGGAAUGGAAGCUUUUUUUUUUUUUUUUUUUUAACCACCCCGGGGCUUUAGGGAGCAGUGGGGAGUGUGGAAAGGUUGGGGACUGGUUCAGAGAGUUCGAUAAAAUUCCCCCUCCACCUCUCUACCCACCAGAAAGCCUGUGUGUGCCAAGAACACAGGACUAGAUAUGGUUUCUAGUCUUGGAUCUGCCAUUAACUCGCAGUGUGACCUUGGACUACAGGAUUCUCUUUGGGGACUUCAAUAAUCUCUUUGUAAAAUGGGGGUGAGGUUGGGAUUAGUAUCUCCAGAACUAUGUACUGUAACAUGAUCCCAAGUGCCCUUUGAAUGGGCAGGCGGUGGCAAAAGAGAAGAAGUGGGGGGGGGGGGGAUUGGAUUCAUUCAGUGCCAAUGCAACUUUCCAAAUUCAGAGUUGUGUUGCUCUGGUCUGACAGCCCACAUAGAAAACAAUCAGGAAAAGAGAGUGUCUAUUUAUGGUUGACAAAUUUCUGCAAGAAGCUGUGCUGCUUGACAGCUUGGCCUCCCCAGAUAUUUGACUACCUCUGCCUGGUCCAUCUCAAAGAAAGAAGAGGUAGAGAAGAAGAGGGUCCCAGAGAUGGUGAGAGAGACAGAGAGCCCACCCCCAUUCCCAAAGAGCAGCGUCCCCCACUUGCCCCAUUGCCACAAUUUAAAGUCACCUUCUACAGAGAAGUUCAAGGUUAGAGGACCAGAAGAGAGCAGCCACCACCCAUCGAAGACCAGCAUGUCCCUUCCCAGGCAUCUCCUGCUGCCCACCACUCACAGACAUAUUUCUGUCUAGAAAAUAGUUUCUUACCGCUCCCACCUGUGAUGGUUUAUCUUACAUUAAAGGAAUAUUAUUGGGGGGCGGGUAACGAGUGCUGUACAUACGCUGGGAAAUUACAAAGCAUAAGAGCUGCCACCCACAAAUCUUUUUUUGAAAAUCAUUUCCAGACCCCUCUUACUUUCUGUAUAGUUUUUAAUUGUUAAAGGAAAAAAAAAAAGAAAAUCUUAAACAGAAGCAUAUGCCAUGUGAAAGCCUGUCGGGCUGGUUGUUUUGCAAUCCUUCCACGUGGGAUUUGUCCUUAAGAAUGAAAGUAGUAGUUUUUAAAGAGUUAAGUUACAUAUUUAUUUUCUCGUUUAAGUUAUUUAUGCAAAAGUUUGUCUUGUAGAGUGACAAAGUUAAUAUUGCUUUAUAAAAUACCAGUCUGUUCUUUC